CGGCGUCCAGGUAUCACCUCUAUCUCCGCCGCGCCUCCGCCGCCCCUCCCCAAAGCCCACCCCGCAGACAGUUGGGUGGCUGCGCCGGCGCCGCCCAUGGCCACGCCACUCGAGCGUGUGCCGCUGCUUCGUGCGCCCAGCCGUCCCAUCCCCACCUCCCGGAUCAACGCCCGCCGCCACUUCCGGCCGUCGUUGUCGGUCGCCGUAGGAGGCGUGGGCGGCCCCGUGCUCCGCACCUGCAAGAACUGCAAGAAGCAGUACGACCCGGCGGCUAAUCACCCCUCAUCCUGCCUCUACCACACGGCCCACUUUGGAGGGGAAACAAAGAGAAAAUUUGAAAGUGUCCAUUCUGGUGGGACCAUGGAUACUCCGGGUGCAGGCAAAGUGCUCCAGUACUGGCAUUGUUGUGGAUCAGAGGAUCCAUUUGAUAUUGGUUGUACUGCUGCUCCUCACUCUUCAUACGAUGACUAAAUACCUGGAUCGUUAUCUAUCCAUUGUGCUCUUGUGAUUCUACUGUUUUUCCCACAUGAAUAGUGGUCCGCUGAUUGUGUAUUUUUCCCUUGUGUCUGAGUGGCAGCAUCUGCCAACAUGAUUUCUUCUUCUUUAGCUUUCUUACAUUAUCUGGAAACUGAAUGUUCUAUAUGUACAUACCUCCUCUAGAUUGUUUAUAGCACCUUACAUUCUUUGUUCUGGCGCUACUGCUACUAUGAAUUAUCCCUUAGCUGUUGUACCCUGCUACUACUACUAUGAAUUAUCUACCGCUAUCUUGUUUC